UUCGAUAAACGUGACUGUCAUCUCCAGCCUAACGUCAAACCGUCAGAAGUUUCCGGAAGUAGGCGCAUAAAAAAAAUCUGCAAUUCAAUUUUCGUCGCAUUCGAAUACAGCAUUUCGUUCGUAUUUCUAUUUCAAACGCCGCAGCAUUAAAUGCAACCACGUAGCUCGAAGCCGGUAUCAAGUCAAACCCAGGAACCUCAACCAUCGCUUCCUCGCCAGAAAACCAGCAUGGAUCACAACCCCCAACGGGUGAAGGAGAUUUUCACCAACAUGGACUCGAUCCUGCAGGACGGGACGGGUCCCUUUUCUGAUGAGCGUGAGCGCAUCGAUGCUGAUCUGAAAUCGCUUGACAACCUUAUAACUCAAAAAGUAGAUGAAUACCACGAGCUUUUGCGUUUGCGAAGCUUUAAAGAGGACGUGCGUGAAGGACUAGAGCGCCAGAAAUUAGUGUCGGCCAUCAAGGAGAUGUUACCUCCACUUUUGUUAAAGUCAUGUAGCACCAUGGACCUACAAGAUAUCCAUUCGAUGCUUUUAAAAGGAGUCCUAGGCAUAAAGUUGCAAGAUCCGCCGAUGUCUCUUCGCAAAUUUGAGGAAGAAAACGUCGUCGAGCAAAGCAGCGAAAUGCCUCCAGUUAAAAAGCGGGCCAAGCUUGAUAGGUGCGAAGUGCCUCGUGGAGACGAGAGUACUGCCCCCAUGAAUGGCGAGGAAGAAAAGUACUGCAUCUACGCUUGUACCCCUAAGUGGGAUUGAGCGCCAGCACCUAGACUCAAUGGCGUUGAAGUCUGAAGCAUGUAGAUCUUAUACUUAAAUCUAUACUCAUUCAUAUUAUACUUUUAAAAUUUAAAUAUACAUAAAGCUACGCGCUUGGAACUCC